ACGUCCAAUCAACUCAUUUUAUACCAUCCCUUGUCUCAUGCACUCCAAGUCCAACCCCGCCCUGCACUUCCCACUACUCCGGGUCCUUCGAACACCCCUCUCCUCUUACCUUACAAUGAACCCUUACCUGAAAUUGUAUCACAUCGUGUCUGUCCCUAUUGCUCUCAAUCUCUACCUACGACUCCACCCACUCGUUCUCGACCUCUGAGCACGGGAUCAGCCGCUUCUGACAUUCCUCAUGGUCCUGCGUAUUUCCGGAUACUGGAACGAGCUCAUGAGGGUUCACGACCUUCUUCACCUACUCCAACAUCAGAGAGAAGGUUUCGAUCCAUUACUCCGACAGACCAAGGUAGUAACGUUGACGUUCCUGCUAAAGGAUACUAUGAGAGGUUUUUCAAAGAAGAAGGUCGCUUGGGUAUAGGAGCGGAAGGUAGCGUUUAUCUCGCUACACAUGUCAUAGGUGGUAAUGUCCUUGGAACAUAUGCAGUGAAAAAGAUAGCCGUGGGGACAUCAAAAGAAUAUUUGGUUAGAAUGCUACAUGAAGUACGCCUUUUGGAAACAUUACGACAUCCAAAUAUCAUUCCUUAUCAUCAUUCAUGGAUGGAUCUAACCUCUUUUUCUAGUUUUGGACCACCUAUCAUGGCCUUACACAUCUUAAUGAUGUAUGCCACAGCUGGUAAUUUGGAUGGUUUCCUCUUAAACCGCGCUCAUGCCACUCAACCUGCUCGUCCGGACCUUUCUGCGGGAGAUAUCAUGGAUGGUGCUUCUAUAGGUCAAUUACCUAGAGAAGAAAGGAUCAAAGCUUUCAAAAAGAGAAGACAAAGUGGGACAUCACACAAGAGUUCAGAGACCAGGGGUGUGCUUCUAUUACGUUUGGAAGAAGUGGCAAAGUUAUUCGGAGAUGUAGUGGAUGGAUUAGCUUUUUUGCAUGCUAAUUCCGUACUUCAUUUAGACCUCAAAUGCUCCAAUGUGCUUUUACAUUGGGAAGAGGGUAAACUCAUUCCAAAAGCUAUGAUAUCCGAUUUUGGUACUUCACAAGAAAUGUUACGAGGGAAACGUGAACGUACAGGACAUACUGGUACCAUGGAAUACAUGGCACCGGAAACACUUGCUACGGAUGCUUUAGGCCAUUGGCGUCCAUCUGACUCUCACGCCGACAUGUGGUCCCUCGGUAUGAUCCUACAUAAACUUCUUUUCCUUCAAUUACCAUACUCGGACACGGAAGAUUUUGAUAAUCUCAAGAGACAAAUUCUACAUUACCAAGGAUUCAUCCCCGAUUCAGAACUGGUGGCAUUGUGCGAACGUCGUCACAUUCCUAGAGAUUUGUUGUUAUUACUAAGCAAAUUGGUACAUGUCGUCCCUGAAGCAAGACCAUCUGCUGAGAAAGUCCGAACUGGACUGAAAGGAUUGGUACGUAACUACCAAGUUCAUAUCAUUGCUGUCCCUCUGAAGUCCUCGUCGCCAUUUCUAGCGAUACCCAGGAAGAUUCAGGACAAUGAGAUCGUGACUUGGAAACUCAACUUACACCAGCGCCCCGCGAUGGCUGCAUCAGGGAAGAACAGUCUAGUAGCACGUUCUGCCAGAAUGUUCAGUAAUGUCACUGAAUUGAAUGAUGAAUCUCAUCCUUCUCCAAACAAUUCUUCCAGAGUGAGUUCCAUAUCCAAAUUGUCAUACAUGCUAAAGGAGUAG